GAGAAAACUUGAGAAUGACGCGGCGUUAUCGCGAAGUCUACACAGACGGAUCAACAGUGAAUAAUGGAAAACGCGGAGCUCGUGGAGGUUGGGCCAUCGUCUUUCCAUUCGACAGAUCACUUGAUGAAUACGAUUUCAUGAAAGUCGGAAAGCAGACAAACAAUGUGUACGAGUUGACGGCUAUUUAUGAAGCAACAGAAGUGGUUAGAUGUUGGGAUUCCUUCAAAUGCAAUCAAAAAUUGGAAUUUGUCAGAUUAAAAAACACGAUAACUCCAACUACAUCAUCUAUACUGAUUCCAUGUACGCGAAGAACUGUCUCACCAAAUGGAUCCACAGAUGGAACAAAUAUGGGUGGUUUGCGUAUUACACCGGGAAUCCUAUCAAAAAUCAGCCGCUCAUUCGUGCCAUCGACAGCAAUAUCAGAGAGCUUGGACGUUAAAAUCGAAUACGUCAAAGGACAUCAUACCAACUUCUUCAAUUGUGAAGCGGAUCGUCUUGCCAAGAAAGCGUGCCGAUCGAAUAUCAAUCAGUAUAAUAGAUAUCUGAAGAACAAGAGCAACAUGUAUGCUUCGUUUGAAAGUCUUUCAAUCUAAUCUUUCACUUGUUGUUUUUAAUUCAAAGUUUUUGUGUUCAAUUACCUUCUCAUUUUUCUCGAUUUUGCCAUUUUUCUUUUCAAUUGUUAUAAUUAUUUUUUAGUCUAGUUUUGAUUUUAGAUCUUCCGAAAUUUUUCAAAUAGUUCAAUUAGUUAAUAUUACCAUCUUCAGUUGUACUUUCUCGUCUUGUUUUCUAGUAUGUUAUUGUGUUGUAGUUUUCACAUUUAUGAGGCAUGAAGUGAUCAUUUCUUGAC